AGCAAAAUAUAACAAUUAUCAAUACAAUUUCUGAUUGAUUCUAACAAAUUCUUUUUUUUUGCUUCUGAUAUGAAUACAUUAGACUAAUCAAGAAUAAUGUAGAAUGUUGUGUAGAGAGUGUAAUAUUAUUUCGCCUGUUAAUGAAGCAAUGAAAAGAAUUAUGUGUCUUUUCUAACAACGCAAUGUUUUGUAUUUCCGAUAAAUUUCGAAAGUUGGAGUGCACUGUAGGAGAUGAGAGUCCGACAAAAUCAGAAAUUCGGCAGAGUCUUGGCACUUCGUUAGCACAAAUUAUCUUCGAGUAUAAUCAGGAAGCGGCAAAGUUGGUGGAUUCAAUAUCCGUCACAAAAUUUCCACAGCAACUAUGUUGCGCGUCACAGGACAGUCAAUUAAAGGCGGACAUGGCGAUGGGGAUGUGGUCGGAAAAGCAGAAAAUUCUUAAAUCAUGUAUACACCGUGAAAUCUUAGCGUUGGGCGAAGACGAGCUGAAAAAAUUCCAAGCAGAGAUUGAAGCAGCGACGCAGAAGAAGCUGAGGAACGAAUUUGCAGAAGAGUGUCGAAUGUUUGAAGCUGAAAAAAGAUUUGCUAUUAGACGUAAUGCGGAUGAAAUUCAUGCUCAAUACGAGGAAUUUUUCAAGUUUGCUCAGCAGGAGUUAAAGGAGAAGUUGCAGGUCGAUAUGGCCGAUAUAGAUAUGAAACACGACAAGGAAUUGCAGACAGCCAUCGUCAAAACACGAAUGGAUACGACAUAUGAUGUGUUAAGAAAGAUACAGCCCCAAAUAAAUUGGGUUGUUACAUCUAUCUACAAUGAUCUCGUGCAAGCUCAUCGCAUACAGAAAGACAAGAUGGUUGUUGAUUUUAAUAACAUUAUGAGGAAACGCCAUAUCAAAUUCGAUGAAAAAAUUAAAAAUAUUGAAAAAAGGAAAAUAGAAGAAUUGUAUACUCAACGUCGUGAACUCGAAAUACAAAAUGUAAUAAAUAUCAUUUAUAUUUUUUACAUGGAAAGAUUACAUAGCAAUUCACAACUGCAAGCGAUACAGGAACAUUACGAGGAAAAAAUAAAAUCCUUCCAAAAACUUAUUGCAAAACAAAAUGAAGCUGUGAAUAUAAUGAAAGAAGAGAUUACAGAAUGUCACAAUAAGAAUAAAAUGCUAGAAGAAAAAAUCACUAUUCUCGCCAAGGAAUUUCAAAAAUUUAUAAAUUUUGCAUUUGACACCAUGCCAGAGCACGCCGACUUUUUAUUACCAUUAGAUUUACUUUCUGUAAAUAGCACAAAUAAAGAAGACGGAGAGCGAGAAGAAAAAAAGCGAUAGGAAAAUUAAAAAGAAAAUGUGAAAUUGAUUACAAUAAGAAAAUAAAAAUGAUGCAUUGUAAUUAAUAUAAUAUAAUUAUCAAAAUAAAGAAAUUUAAUAAUGCUUAUGCUUUUAUGAAGAAUACACCGAAUCGAUGAAGAAGACAAAAAUAUAUUUUUUAUAAAAAUUGUAAUAUCAUAAAAAUAUGUAACAUAAAAGCAAACUAUUUACAGAAAAUAUAAUAUUAUAAUAUCAGUAUAUGUGUUGUGUAAUCACUGUAACAUUAUAGUAUGGAAAUAUAUUAAUUACUAAUUA